AUGAGGUUGAGCAGCAACAAUGUGUGGGGCCUGGUCCUGAGAGGGACCGAGCCCAGUCAACUGGGUGAGCGUGUCGGAAGAUUCGUCACGGUGCGCAAGCACAGCUCACUGGCCUGUGCUGUGGUAUCCAUGACGGAUGUGAGAGUGCGACAGGCCAUCCUUCGCGAAGCCGUUGGCUUCGCAAUCGAUGGCUUGACGCUGGAUGUCAAAGCCCACAGAGUCAAGGAGAAGAGGAGUUGCCUCUCGGUGGACCAGAUUGCCGCGAUCCAAGACCAGAAGCUCGAAAAGAAAGACCCUUCCGCCACAGUGGAUACUGCCGAGGCUCUGCAGGCACAGCCCAAGACCACCCAAGGUCCACCUGCCACUGCUGGAGGAGGAGCACAGGCUACCCCAAAAAAGAACAUUCUCGACGAGAUCCCACUUGCAGAUGCGACCCAAGAGCACCAAGUCAAGGAGCUGACUCCACCUGACAAAAUCUACAACAAGGAGCUGAUGUUGCGAGUUUGGAGGCUGCAGCGCAGCGAAGUGAAUCCUGCAGUGUUGGGCCUGGGUGUUGCUAAGCGCCCUUGGCGUCCAAAUCCUCGGUCAGCCAACAGCAGUGAAAUCAGAAGGCCUGAGACGGAUUCACCCGUCCUGGAACAGUCAGAGAAAGCUUACAGAAUCACAAAGCCGACUAGCCCAAUGGAGGCGUUGAACAGGAAUGUCUGUGCUUUGUUGAACAAGAUUUGCCCCGAGAACUUGGAUAAAAUUGUGGAAACAUUGGCCAACAUUGAGUUGCAGAAGGCAGCAGAGCUUGAGUGUGUCAUCAAGGCCAUUUUGGGGAAGGCGUUGGUCGAGCCACACUACUGUGAAACGUAUGCAGACAUGGUUUUCGCCCUUCAGAAACGAUACCCGGAAUUCCCUCCGGAAAAUGAAGGGGAAAGGCCUCUCACCUUCACCCGAGUUAUGCUCAACACCGUCCAGAAUGAGUUCGAAAGUUUGCCAACACACUUUGAACCUACAGAUGAUGACAAAGCAAAGUUCCCCGACCCAGAAGACUUGCAGAGGGAGAUGAAGAAGAGGAUGCUUGCCAACAUGAAGUUUAUUGGAAACCUCUUUUUGCGCCAGUUGCUAUCCAUCAAGGUCAUUGGACAGGUGGUCAAGGGCCUGAUCGGCAUCCAGGAUGGAAAUGCACUUCCGAAGGAUCACAUGAUCGAAUGUGCCUGUGAGCUGCUGCAAGCAAUUGGCUCCACGGUGGACUCUGAAUCAAAGUGUUGCCUCUUGGCCAAACCCUUUUCAUCCUUUCUCUACACAUUCGAGUGUGGCAGUGUCUUGGCUUCAGAGCACAUCUCACCUCUGAGGAAACUCUUCAAGGAGCAGGCCAAGACGAAGGCGGCUGUUCGAGAUGAGUUUGAUCAAGCUCAGAAGGCUCAACAGAAUGGUCGCAGAAAAGGGCCGGAUAGUCUCUCGGCAGCCUCUAGAUGCGUGUUCUCCUUCCAGACAGCGGGAGCGAGGAAGAUGUGCGAGUACUUUGCAGAUGAUAAAGACGGGGAGUCUCUCCAGCAAGACUGGGCGAAAGCCGAGCCAAGCGACAAAGAAGCAAAGCAAGGAGUCGAGUGGCUUUUGGAGACGGGGUUUGAGGACAGCAAGAAGGCUGACAUCAUGGCGGCAACGCUUGCCGAACUCAUGAAAAGGAUGGAUGCUCCCCACUGUGACAUCAUGGUCCAUUGUUUGAUUGCACGCCUGCUGAUGUUGGAGAAUUUCAACCAGGUUGUACUGAAGCCCAUGCAAACUCUUGUCUCCCACAAUGAGAACCGGGACCUGGGUUGGAGUUUGAUGCUUGGCAUUGUGAAGAAGUUGAAGCAUGAGAACGCUCAGGAUGUUGUGAGAAAGGCUCUCAACAUGAGCAGCAAAGGUGCGUGCUUGCCCAAUGCCACAGCAGAGGUUGACCGCAGGGAUUUGGUGAAUGUGGUCGCAGGUGAGUCCUAUUCCAUUGGGCUUUGGAAAACUGGUAACUAUGCCGCUGCCCACCUUACUACCGCUGUGGUGCAGAUUAUGGUGGAGGAGAUGCUGGGUUACAACACGGAGCUGAAAGGUACAGGAGGACUCGCCGUGGAUGCUUUCUAUGCUUUGAUGGGGUGCACAAAUCCUUUGGGCAACGCAGAUCGAGGUUGUGGCCGCAGUGUGACCUACGUUCACAUCAAUGUGGAGGCUUGGCAAGAAGGCUAUGUUGACGAGUGGGCUCAAGUCCAAGCCCAGUAUCCCAAGGUGGCGCCCAUAAAUUUGGGAAAUGGAGGCUACAGUGGCACAAGCGGGAUGUAUGUUCCACUUGCCGUGCAGCAGAAGGCUUAUCAAGCAGAGGGCAUCAGUUUGGAUUUCUACAGGGACUACAACAUGUCAUGGAGAACCCCAGGGAGCUACUUUUCUCCCCCAGGUGAUAUGGAUGUUUCGAGAUUGCUUCCCUGCGCGGACACAGUGUUGAUGUCUAACGCACAUAUGGGGAUGUAUUUCGACCUCACAGGAGAUGCAGAGGGUGUGGUGGUUGACAGCGAAGGUUUUGUAGUUGCAAAAUGCUUUGCGGACCACUUUUGGUAUGCACCUGCCAACAGGUUGAGCAGCAACAAUGUGUGGGGCCUGGUCCUGAGAGGGACCGAGCCCAGUCAACUGGGUGAGCGUGUCGGAAGAUUCGUCACGGUGCGCAAGCACAGCUCACUGGCCUGUGCUGUGGUAUCCAUGACGGAUGUGAGAGUGCGACAGGCCAUCCUUCGCGAAGCCGUUGGCUUCGCAAUCGAUGGCUUGACGCUGGAUGUCAAAGCCCACAGAGUCAAGGAGAAGAGGAGUUGCCUCUCGGUGGACCAGAUUGCCGCGAUCCAAGACCAGAAGCUCGAAAAGAAAGACCCUUCCGCCACAGUGGAUACUGCCGAGGCUCUGCAGGCACAGCCCAAGACCACCCAAGGUCCACCUGCCACUGCUGGAGGAGGAGCACAGGCUACCCCAAAAAAGAACAUUCUCGACGAGAUCCCACUUGCAGAUGCGACCCAAGAGCACCAAGUCAAGGAGCUGACUCCACCUGACAAAAUCUACAACAAGGAGCUGAUGUUGCGAGUUUGGAGGCUGCAGCGCAGCGAAGUGAAUCCUGCAGUGUUGGGCCUGGGUGUUGCUAAGCGCCCUUGGCGUCCAAAUCCUCGGUCAGCCAACAGCAGUGAAAUCAGAAGGCCUGAGACGGAUUCACCCGUCCUGGAACAGUCAGAGAAAGCUUACAGAAUCACAAAGCCGACUAGCCCAAUGGAGGCGUUGAACAGGAAUGUCUGUGCUUUGUUGAACAAGAUUUGCCCCGAGAACUUGGAUAAAAUUGUGGAAAAAUUGGCCAACAUUGAGUUGCAGAAGGCAGCAGAGCUUGAGUGUGUCAUCAAGGCCAUUUUGGGGAAGGCGUUGGUCGAGCCACACUACUGUGAAACGUAUGCAGACAUGGUUUUCGCCCUUCAGAAACGAUACCCGGAAUUCCCUCCGGAAAAUGAAGGGGAAAGGCCUCUCACCUUCACCCGAGUUAUGCUCAACACCGUCCAGAAUGAGUUCGAAAGUUUGCCAACACACUUUGAACCUACAGAUGAUGACAAAGCAAAGUUCCCCGACCCAGAAGACUUGCAGAGGGAGAUGAAGAAGAGGAUGCUUGCCAACAUGAAGUUUAUUGGAAACCUCUUUUUGCGCCAGUUGCUAUCCAUCAAGGUCAUUGGACAGGUGGUCAAGGGCCUGAUCGGCAUCCAGGAUGGAAAUGCACUUCCGAAGGAUCACAUGAUCGAAUGUGCCUGCGAGCUGCUGCAAGCAAUUGGCUCCACGGUGGACUCUGAAUCAAAGUGUUGCCUCUUGGCCAAACCUUUUUCAUCCUUUCUCUACACAUUCGAGUGUGGCAGUGUCUUGGCUUCAGAGCACAUCUCACCUCUGAGGAAACUCUUCAAGGAGCAGGCCAAGACGAAGGCGGCUGUUCGAGAUGAGUUUGAUCAAGCUCAGAAGGCUCAACAGAAUGGUCGCAGAAAAGGGCCGGAUAGUCUCUCGGCAGCCUCUAGAUGCGUGUUCUCCUUCCAGACAGCGGGAGCGAGGCCUUCGUACAUUGAUGACAUUGCAAAUCAGAAGGAGCGCCCUCAGGCGGAUACAUGCCCAGAACAUGGGAAGUUUAAGCAAGUGAAGAACCUUGGCAACAAAAGCAAGGGCAAGGGGAAGAUGUGCGAGUACUUUGCAGAUGAUAAAGACGGGGAGUCUCUCCAGCAAGACUGGGCGAAAGCCGAGCCAAGCGACAAAGAAGCAAAGCAAGGAGUCGAGUGGCUUUUGGAGACGGGGUUUGAGGACAGCAAAAAGGCUGACAUCAUGGCGGCAACGCUUGCCGAACUCAUGAAAAGGUGCCUGGUCCCAUGGGAGACUUUCAAGGAAUGCUUCUCAGCAUCGCUGUCAGCUUUGCCGGACUUGAAGAUGGAUGCUCCCCACUGUGACAUCAUGGUCCAUUGUUUGAUUGCACGCCUGCUGAUGUUGGAGAAUUUCAACCAGGUUGUACUGAAGCCCAUGCAGACUUUUGUCUCGCACAAUGAGAACCGGGACCUGGGUUGGAGUUUGAUGCUUGGCAUUGUGAAGAAGUUGAAGCAUGAGAACGCUCAGGAUGUUGUGAGAAAGGCUCUCAACAUGAGUGAGUUCAUCUCCUGUGCUGCAACAGCGAGGAAGACAACUGUUCCAAAUGCCAGGAAGCAGUUGCAAUCAGCGUAG